AUGGCCGAGGGUGAGGGCGGAGGGCCAAGGGGCUUCCAAAGCCGGCGCGGGGCAAAGACACGGAUAGACAGAGACCGGCGGGCGCGCCGCGGGCUUCGAGGGAGCCGCGUCCGCAGCCGAGCUCCGGAGGCUGGCGCCGGGGGCCGGCGGGACCGGCGGCUCCACGUGGGCGGGCCCGAGCCGCGGGCCUCGGUGCGGUCGCAGGCGGCCGUCGUGUGCGCUGCCUUCCCCCGCGCGCCCACGCGGGCCCACGGAGCCGGCCCUCCCCCGCCGCGGGCGCGGUUGGCGCCGGGAGCGCGCGGCGCGGAGGAGGCGGCCCCGCGGGGAAGGUGGGGUGGCGCGCGGCUGAGGCGGGGCUGGGCGCGGGGGCGGGGGCGGGGGGAGCCGCGAGGUCCUGGCCCGCGGCCGCCGCAGCCCCGCAGUGGCGCCCCGCGCGGAGGAGGCGCGGGGGGCGGCGAGGUCCCCGCCGCUGGCCGCACUGCGGUCCUCGCCCGCGUCAGUGUCCUCGGGCUGAAAGGGAAGGGAGGACCAUUUAAAGGGACCGGGCGCGCAGAGACUUUUGCUGGCUCCAACCCGUGCGAGGGCUGUGGCCGCGGGGCCGUGGGAGUUGCAGGGCGAGGGCAGGUGUCAUAA